UGACGGAGGAAAAACACACACCCUGGUGAUUGUUUACAGUCAUUGGGCGCUAACGACAAGGAAGAAGAAAAUAAUAAUCAAAUCUCGGAUAAUGAAAUCUCGCGAGAUCGUGCACGGCGCGGCCAAAUCGCAGGCAGCAGAGGGGAGAAGGAAAAAGAAGAGGCAUCUGAAACAAACUCAUAUAAUAACUCAUCAACAUGUCCGGACGAUCAGUACGAGCGGAAACGCGAAGCCGUGCAAAAGAUGACAUCAAAAAAGUCAUGGCGGCGAUCGAAAGGGUCCGUAGAUGGGAGAAAAAGUGGGUAACUGUGGGUGACACAUCCUUACGGAUCUUUAAGUGGGUUCCUGUGUCAGAGACGAAGCAGAUAUUUAAAGCUAAAGGCCCAGGAGGGGCAUCAAGGGAACUGAAAGGUUUUCCUACAGAUGUGGUGCUAGAAAAUGCUCGCUCGGUCUUACUGGAUUUCCAAGAUGACAAUAGUAACCAGAGUUUCCUGUCGGAUGCCUAUCAGUCGAAUAACAAAGUGGACAGCAGCAGUAACUCUAGUCCACAGCAUGCCAGUGGGGCAGUGAGCCCUACUCACACUCCCUACUUCCGCACAGAGGACUCGCAGCCACCCACCCUGGGACAGGAGACCAUGGAGGAGCCAUCGAUGACCAGCAGUGAAGUUACUGAUGAACCUCCAACUCUGAUAAAAGAGGAUUUGCUGCCUCUGUCUGCUCAGGAGGAUGAGGAAGUGGCAGUUGCACCACCGCUGAAAAGAGUUUGCACAGAAUAAAAGGCUUUUUUUAAUUAAAAGCAGAGUGGACACACCACGAUCAACACAGCUCACUUGGACAUGUGUGGACUGGAACAAGCAGCCAUGUUGUGGACUGAGCAUCUGUCGGCUGCGUUAGAAAUCGAUAAUGAAACAAUUCCCGGGACUGAUUCACUAACAUUCGCAAACGAUUAAUAAAAGAAACUACACAUCUCUAGCAAAACUCUACAAAUGACCGAAAAGGCACAAACUAUGAAUUUUAUUUUGACCCCCCCCCCCCAAAGUUUUUACAUAUAUUUACCGUGAAGUAUUUACUUGAAGACAACUCUGUAAGUAUUAUAUUUGUUGUAAAUAACUCAGUGUGGGAGAGAACACUAUAAUAGUAUAGUGUCAUGAUAUCAAGGUAGGUACAUUUUAUGACAUUUAAGUCAUAAAUCUGCUCAUUUCUAUCGCAUUUUUAAGCUUUUCUAAGUUUGCAUAGAAUAUUCGCCUUCACUUUCAUUGCAUGUGUUGCUUUAUUCUGUUUUUUGGGUUUUUUUUUUUUUAACUGCAUGCAGCAAAGAGCAGUUGUUUAGACGGCUUAAUCCGAACCCGGAUUUAUUUGUUAACAAGCUAAAUUCAACAAUGGUAGAGUUCAAGGAAGUUAUUUUGAACUCAGCUCAGGUAUCUUAAGUUGGAGAUGAUGUUAAACUGAUCUUUCGGCAUCAGAGAGAAACAGAUACACACAGAGAAUAUAGCAAAAAUGUAAGAUAUGUUUGUGCUUGUGCUGUAUGGUGUUGAAGCAGCAUCCUAGCAAUUCCCUGUUUUCAGAUUUUGCACUGCACAUAUGAAGGUCCUUACAUUUACAUGCUUUCGUUUAAUAGUCUAUGAAGAUGUCUUUUUUUUUUUGUAGAAGAGGAAUUCUCUAUAAAAAUGAAAUAUGUGAGUGACGUGAGUAUGUUUCAGAAUGAAUCUAAUACAUUGUGUGUACACCAUGUGAAAAGGUUUACCUCCACUUUCAAACUCUGGGUCACUUUGGGUUUCCGGGUCCCUUUAAUAAGGCUUCAAAAGAAAUACUCUAGUGGUUUCUGUACAGCGACUGUGUGAUGACCUGAACACGAAUUUCAUUGUGUUGGAACAGAACAUUUGUUUCCUCAAAACUUCAUCAAUGGAACGGCGUUUGUUGGGGAGAUCGAUGAAUGUUUAUGUGAAACUUUUAUUUUUUUGUAGAGCGCUUUCCAUGAAAAAGGUCUUUAAAGGAAAUUAAAUUCUAAAGCUACAUCACUCGUAUUUUUUCAGAG